AUGCCUGGGUGCCCUGUUCUAGGGCCAAAAUUGUCCCUGUGCUGCUUGCUGGUGAGUGUAUGGGGCACACUGCAGCUUUGCCUCAUGGGCGUGUUCUUUUAUGUGCACAGUGUUGGGCUAUUGGAAGACCUGCCAGUGGCCGAAGAGAUAAAACGAGGAAUGCUCAAAGAAUACUUGGAAGAAGUGGAUUACCUUUACAGCAAAGGAGCGCAGAAUUGCUGGAUUGCCGCUUGUCUUUACGUCUUCUCGAUGGUUUUCUCAAUUUGGCAAUUUUUGGCCAAUCGGCGGCUGGCUGAACGGAUUGAGCAAUAG